GCGAAUAGGAUUGUACGUGACUUAAUAGAAUUGAGCAACUUCAAAUUAUCAAUCAUACGAGAAUUAAGCCCGUAAAUAAGGUUUUUUGGAUAAAAUUUAGGAUGGUCAGUGAAAUUCCAGAAAAAUUACAAAUCGGUACCAAAGAAGGUGUCCAAUAUCCCCUGUCAGUCCAGUAUUGCGGUAAUUGUUCGAUGCCCCUGGAAUAUUGCGAAUACUAUCCAGACUAUGAAAAGUGCAAACAGUGGUUAGCGAAAAACCUUCCGGAUGAAUUUGAGCGCAUUACGCUUGGUGCAACCGGAGUUGGAAGUGGAAAGCCGGCAGGUGGAGCCACAGGCGGGUCUUCCGGUGCAACUGAGGAUGCCGGCGAAGAAGAUAAAAAACGGCAAAAACGCGGCGGAAAAGGAAUGAUGAAAACUAAGAAGGUUAAGGAUGAUGUCCCGAAGAAGAUCUGUGUUUCCCGUUCGGCACGCGGUAAAAAGAAGUCGGUUACUGUUGUUACCGGAAUGGGUACAUUCGACAUUGACUUAAAGGUGGCUGCUAAAUUUUUCGGUACAAAAUUCGCUUGUGGCUCGUCAGUUACCGGAGAUGAUGAGAUUGUUAUUCAGGGAGAUGUAAAAGAUGAUUUGUUUGAUGUAAUUCCGGAGAAGUGGCCCGAAAUUGAUGAAGACUUUAUCGAAGAUCUCGGUGAUCAAAAACGAUAGAUACGAAAUCACUAAAAAUAACUAGCAGGGAUAUUGAGAUGUAUCUUAAGCUAGUUCGUUUUUAUUUUACAACUUAAAUUAUUUGUAUAUGUACAAGGAAUAUUAAAUCGUCACACAUUUCAAGG